AGCACUCAACCCAACUGCUACAAUAGAGGGAGAUCUGUGCCACCAUGGCUAGAAGAGGGAUUUAACCCUUGCAGAAAAGAUUUAACCCUGCCAGGAAGUGGCAGUUGUCCUGUAUUGGGUCCUGCCAGGUAACUUCAAAUAGGCAUUGCCAAUGGAUGAACUGGUGCAUGACUUGGCCUCAGCCUUAGAGCAGACUUCAGAGCAAAACAAACUGGAUGAGCUAUGGGAAGAGAUGGCUCUAAGUCCAAGGCAGCAACGGCGUCAGCUUCGCAAGAGACGGGGUCGUAAACGACGCUCAGACUUCACGCAUCAGGCAGAACAUGCCUGCUGCUACAGCGAGGCUUCCGAGUCGAGCUUGGACGAAGCUGUCAAGGAUUGCCGUGAGGUGCUGACAACUAAUUUCAGUGACUCUGAUGACAUGGCAGUGGUCAAACGGCACCCAGCUCUUAGUGCCACCCUGAGGAGCAAGCAACACUUGUGGCAUGAGUCAGACUCCUUUACAGAGAAUGCACCCUGCCGACCUCUCAGGCGCCGACGGAAAGUCAAACGUGUGACAUCAGAGGUGGCUGCCAGUCUCCAGCAAAAACUCAGGGUGUCAGAGUGGAACUAUGAGAGGGGAUGCAGGUUCAAGUCAGCCAAGAAACAGCGUCUUUCACGCUGGAAAGAGAAUGCCCCAUGGACAUCAUCCAGUCAUGGCCUUUGUGAGUCAGGAGAGAACAGGCCCUUCCUCAGCACCGGGGGAAGGAAGGAGCGGAUGGAGUGUGAAGCCGAUGAUCAGAAACAGGGUUCAGAUGAAAACAUGUCGGAAUGUGAAACCAGCAGUGUUUGCAGCAGCAGUGAUACUGGCCUGUUUACCAAUGAUGAAGGCCGCCAAGGAGAUGAUGAGCAAAGUGAUUGGUUUUAUGAAGGAGAGUGUGUUCCAGGAUUCACUGUCCCCAACCUUCUUCCCAAGUGGGGAGCUGAUCACCGAUCUGAAGUGGAGAGGAUUGACUCAGGCCUGGACAAGCUCUCUGUUUCCACCUUCCUUUUGCCCUCACAGCCAGCUCAGAGAGGAUUUCAUGCUCGCCUGAAUCGCCUUCCAGGAGCUGCUGCCCGUUGUCUCCGUAAAGGUCGGAGGAGGCUGGUUGGCAAGGAGACCUCCAUGAGCACUCUGGGCACCGAGAGGCUAGGUCACGUUGUCAGUGAUCCGCGCCAGAAAGAUUUUUGGUUACCAUCCAUGGGGAAGAGAGAUCGCAACCAGUUCAAUCCAUUAUCUCCUCUGUACUCUCUGGAUGUGCUUGCUGAUGCUUCCCACCGAAGAUGCUCACCAGCACGCUGCACUGCCAGGCAAGCAAAUGUCCACCUGGGACCACCAUGUUCAAGGGACAUCAAGAGGAAACGAAAGCCAGCUGCAGCCUCCAUGUCUAGCCCAACAUCAGCAACUUUAUCUGUCCACAUGGAUGCAGCAGAAUCAGAGCUACCAGCAACACCAUCCUUGAGAUCCCAGAACUAUGAGUGGACUGGGAAAACACCAGCAGCUGAGAAAUCUACUAUUGCUGCCUCCAGUAACUUUUUUAAAAUGCCACCAGAGAAGAGCCCUGGAUACAGCUAAAAAGAAGCAUUGCAACUGUAAAGGCUUGCUCGAUUUUAGAAGUGUUUGAUUCUGGUGUUUGUCUGCACCAAACAUCUUGUUUGGCAGUAGUGCUAUCUGCAGUAUUGGUGCGUGAUGCGUGCCAUCAUCCAGGCUGGUCUGUGUGCCUCACACACCUAAAUCAUGUUUGUGAAUCUAUGUUUAAGAAAAGGUAAUCGGUGUUGGGACUGCAGUGGCUUUUAGAGAUUUUCCUGCUAUCACUGUAUUUAUUAUGAAUUCAUCUCUUUCCCUGAUUCCAACUCAUGUAUAUAAUGGAUCAUGUACAGGUUUUCUUUUGGGUUUUCAGAUCCUUAUUCACCCUCUGGACAUGUUGCUUGUUUGUGUAUUUGGCAUUUUCAGGGUGAAAGUCUCACUGCCAUUCAGGGAGGUAGGAGUCUCCCUCUGCUUGCUUCCAGACCAGAAGAAUUUCUUGGCUGGGGAAUGAGGAGGGAAUACUAACACAUUGAAACAUGGAACCUGAAUUCUGUAUAAGCAGAAUGUUUUCUAGCCAUGGGCUAACAGACUCAAAUCCUGUUGCUUCUGGCAAAGCAAAUUUGAUGCUUGUCUGUGUAGAAAUUGCCAUUAGCUCGCUGGCAGUAUUGUCCACUUGACCUUUUCCUUCUCCCUUGUUCUGAAUGUCUUCAGUCUUUAUUGUGUAUUGCAUGUUCAUUCCUAAACCUCCUACUGGAUAAGGAUUUGGGAGAACUACUUGGACAUAAAUGUGCAACCUGGUGUUCUGGAUAGAAACCCAGAGCCUUGAAUUUUGUUGCAGUAUGGUAGAAAAGUAUACAAAACAUCCAUAUCUCAGUGUAUAACUUAAAAAAUGGCUGUCAGUGUUUCUAAAGGAUGCUUGUUUAAGGUAACAUGCCAUAAAAGCCAUUUAAAGUGUCACCUGAGUUCAGAGUGUUAUAGGUAUAGAUCAGACUCCUUCUGUAUCAUGCUUCCUCUGCCUUCAAAAGUAUUUUCUGCUAUACCUACUGGAGGUGUCUCCACCUGCUGAUGAUUGCACCUUACACUGCAGUCUACACUAAAGAGAUUCUCUUCAUAGAACUUCCACUUGGUCUGCUGUUACCUUCUGUGUUGCAGAAUAUAUAGACAGGGAUUUCUUCCCUCUCUCUAGUAACUCUGGAGCUUAUCUUGGACUAUGUUUUCAGAAUAUGUACUUGUACAGCAUGUACCAAGGAACAGGUGGCCUCACAGCUUCUUAAGUCCUUUGAGUCCUAUUUGUAUGAAUAGAACUUUUUGCUUUCCUCGUGUGGAGCUUUCAGACAGGACUGUUUAAACUUGUAAAAUCUCUUUUGAUUGUGGCAGUGCAACUAGCACUCUUAAGCAGACAGCAAAAUUUGCUUUAUUUUACUGAUUUUGCAGUGUUCUGUUCUCUUAUGAAUCAAAUGACUGAUAGAUUUGAUUGGGGGAAUAUGAAACAGUGAUUUGUAUUAGCUGUGUAUUAAAUGGGAAAUGGUCAUAAUAUACACAAAACAAACUGAAUGACUGUAAAUCAUGAUUGACAGAUAUAGUUAGUUAUACUACAUGCACACUGUGUCUGAUCCCCUAAUACCUACUUAUUCUUGGGGAGACAUCCAAAUUGGAUUUAUAUUUUGCAGCACAAGCAAACUGUCAGAUCUGUCACUAUAAAUCCUUUUCAAAACUCUUUUUCUUUCUUUUUUAUUUUUUUUUUAAUCUGGGUGGUACAUUUUAGAAGUCGUUAGAAUGGGGAAACCCUUUUUACCUUAAUGAAGGAAUACAGAUUUGGAUUACAGGACAAGCUGUAACAGUUUAUAAAGGAAGAAGUGUUCCUGUUUUAAAGUUUUCAUGGCUUUGUCUUAUUUGUAGUUAUUUUGAACAGUGAUGCUUAAGGAGUAACACAGGAAGUUUCAGCACUGGAGGGCCUGAAAUCUAAAACAUCUGAAGAAAAGGUAAACUUGAAGAGUAGUGGCUUGACUGUCUAGUACUCAUGAAUACAGUGAAUGGGAAAGGUGAUAAUCCUCUCCUGACAGCUUGCAGAUAAAAUUUAGGAUUUGAAGCCUUGUAAUCUAAACUGCAUGCUGCUCUAAUGAUAAUGAGUGAUUCCCUGAAAGAGCAUUUAUGAAAUUGACUGGUUUUGAUCUCGUGAAGCAUCCUCCUCAACCUCUCUUAGUUUGAAUCUGUUCAAGAGAUUUACUCAGAUUACUGACCAUUCAGCUUUAUGCAAUAAAUACAAUUUAUUUUAUUUACAUACAAUUUUAGCCAUUGUAUUCCCUUUUAAAAAUCAAUUGUGAUAUAUCUUGCUAUGUUCUGAGUAUUCUUGAGUAUUGUCAGGAUGCUUUAAAAGCUUUUUCAAGAAAAGUGUUAGGGAAUCAAGAGCCUUCAUCUCAUUGUGGUGGUGGAGGGAUGGGUUGCAAUGCUUCAUGUGAUUUUUCUCUGGGUGCAGGGAAAGAGAAUUUAUCAUAUUUUCCUAUUGAGGUCAGUAGCAGUGUUAUCUGGUUAAGCCCUUACUUAAGUUGUAAGCUCCUAGGAGGUAUUUCUUGCCUUUAAACGCAGACUAUACCUGUGGCAGUACUGAAGAGCAACUGUGGCAGUGUCUUGACAAGCCAUAGUUCCUGCCAUGGCAACUUUCUGGAAGUUCCAGGAGAUUCCAAUUGCUGCAGCUGCCUUGUCUUUUUUAUUUCUAGAUUAGAAUCCAUUUACAAACCAGUCAGAUUCUCAACUGAAUUUGAUUCUCCUGAGUGGUAGGCAACCUAAAUGGAUCCUGUAUCUUUUUACUCUAGGGUAUUUAUCAAAAUAUAGCUUCCCACUUCAGUAACUUGAUACAGAUUUUAGUAUCUACAGCAUUCUUAGAUGAAUAAACUAAUUCCAUCUUUUUGCCUCUUUCUUUAAUCUGAGGCAGAUUUCCUUAGAAGUCACUCUGCUCACACAGUACUCGGUGUGAAAGAUAUGUAAUCCACAUGCUUUCCAUGUGAAUUACUUGAGUAGAAAGGAGUAAUAACAUGCCUUGAUUUAGUAGCUGUGCUUCUGCAGAGAUGGUCCAGUAUGUGAUUACUGUUUCAAAGAUACGCAGCUCACUUGUGUUCCACUUUUUUACUUGGCCAACUAGGAAAGAUCCCCUCCUAAACCUGUUAUUUAUUAAUAAAGAAGGACUUUUGAGAGAUAUGAUGGUAGGUGACUGCCUUUGCCACAGGAUCAUGAAAUGGGUAAUUUUAAAAAUUUUGAUGUAAUGAGGAAAAUGGUCAGCCAGGUUCCUACCCUGAAUUUCAACAGAGCUAGCUUUAGGUGACUCAGUGAGCUAGUUACUAGUGUGCUGUUCCUUGAGUCUGGUCAGUUUUUAGGAAUCACCUUUUAAAAGCACAAGAGCAGGUGAUCUCUCUGUGUUGAAAGUCAAACAAGCCAUGCAGAAGACCAGCUUAACAGGGAACUCCUCUUGAAUCUCAGGAAGAAAAAGAGAUUCUAUGAUCUCUGGAAGCAAGGUCAAGCUUCACAGAAAAAUUAGAGCUGUAGUUCACAUAUGCAGGGAGAAGAUAUGAAAGACCAAAACUUAAUUAGAGUUGAAACUGGCCAGAGCUGUUGUGUCAGAAAAGCAAGGCUUUUGGAAGUAUAUAAAUAGCAAGAGGAGGUCUAAGGAAAACAUUGGGCUGAUAUUUGUUGUAAACGAUCACCUGACAAAUUGAAGUGAAGAAAAAGUGGAUGCAUUCAGUACUUUUUUUUGCCUUGAUCUCAUCAUAAUACUGACAAACCUUGGGCUGCUCUGUCUUCUGAUUUGGAGGACCAUUACUGUGGGAAUAGUGACUUUGUGUACAUGGAGAUGUUAGGGACCAGUUGAAUGUUUGUAAGUCUAUGAGGCUAGAUGGGAUUCAUCCCAGAGUACUGAAGGAGCUAGUAGUGGUUGUUGUAGCAUGACCUCUCCCAGUCCCUGACGAAGGUUUUGGGAGUCUGGGAAAGGUCUAUCCUGACUAAAAUCUACUCAGCAUCAUUCUAAUUUACAAGAAAGGCAUGGAGUGAGACCCAAAAAACACCAACCUGCUAGUCUAGCCCCAGUACCUGGAAAAAUUGUCGAGGAGAUCAUACUGGUGCUACUGAAAGGCAUUUAAAGUCCUUUAAAUCAUAGAAUCCCAGAAUAUCCUGAGUUCAAAGAGACCCACAGGGAUCAUCAAGUCCAACCAGACAGGUCCAGUGGGUGAUGUGGUGGUUGAUGGUGAAGGUGAUGAUACAUACCCCUUCCUGUCUCUGGGGACCUCAUGCAAUUGCAACAGUUUUUCAUAGAUGGCAGUGACCAACUCAAAAUGACAUAUUUCUGUGUAUAGGGAGAAGAUGGACAUUCAGUGAAAGAGAAAUCAAAAGCUGAGAGAAGCACGUUUCCUAGUUGUUCUUUGCACAUUUCUGGUAGUUCCAGUGAGCCCUAGUCAGGAGUAAUGGCCAGUUUGGUAAGUACUGGAGAAGACUGAAUUAAAAGAGUGUAGUUUCUGUUGUGACGGAUUUAUGAUUUUAGGGUACAGUAACAAGUGUAGGAAGCAACAAAACAGGAGCUGGAGAGAAACUUGUUAGCAGCUUGGACUAGUGCUACUGAAUGAUAGAUUAGCUUCGUGAUUGUGGUAUGCAGAGGUGUGUCUUGCCAGCAUCAUUCUUGAAUAAUGACAUUGAGUAGGUUAGUGCUGUCCUUCAAACCGUAGGUACUCUUGCUGUUAUUUUGUGGAUGUUGCAGAGACCUGCUUAGUGGGCAGAGGAUGAGAAGGGAAAUUGUAGGAAGGGCAACAAGAAGCAUGAUGGAGUGCCUCUUUUAUUGUAACCCCUUCUGUACUGAAGAAGGAAGAUGCUACAAAAACCAGUAUGUGUGCCUAGGUAUUGAAAAGCAAUUAUGUGAAGUGGAUAAGAACUUUGAUUUGUUGUCUUGAGGAACAGUUUUUAACCAGAGAAUUUUUCAGUAAAGCAAAAGUGAAGGAUACUACAUUUGUUCAGAAAAUGCAUUUUAAUGGUCUGUUAGGAGACUAUCAAAGGAAGAUGAACUUAUGUUCUCAUUGUGAUACUUUAUUUCUGUGUCGUUGAUUCCUGUAUUCUGUUUCAGUUUGUAUUUUGUGAUUGCGAAAUCCUUUUGUACCAUCAAGUGGAGGAAAAAUACAGUAAUGCUUCUUAAGGCAUGAAGCAUAAGGGGACACUUGCUAUACAGGAGGUAAAAGAUUAUCUUAGGCCAUUAACUUUACCCAGUACAAGGCUUGAACUCAGCACAGAGGACAUAAUGGCUUAAUUAUACCAAAGUAUCUCUUUUUAAGAGAGUGAGUAGUGCCACAGGCGAGUGCCACAGGCAGGGCAACUAAACUGGCAGCAGUGCCUGGAGACCCACAUGUGGCCGGGCCUCAGUCACUUGACAUCUAAUACAGAUUUACAUUGGAGAGACAGAAGGAUCUUUCAACAUAAUUCUCAACAUUAGUGAGUUAAUGUGGUGAGAAUGCCUUCCCAUGCAAACAGGGCUGUCACUGUGAGUCCAGUGAGCAUAAAAGAUGUGCUCCCUGGCAUACUGUAUAAAGAGAGUUCUUGUACCAACUUAAAGAAUUGGUAAAACUGGAAAAUGGACUGAUACAGCCUGUUAUAUCAGAGAAAGAUUCAAAAUAUUUAUACUUGUAGACAAUAAUCAAGAAAAGUAUUGCUGAGCCCUGUGUGCUAUGAGCUAGAGUAUUCAGUGUCCUGAAGCAGAGAUGCCAGUGUUAGGAUGAUCAGGAUUUUGCAAAGCUGCCCUCUUGUCCUUGUAAACUCUGAAGGAAAUGAGAUGAACAGCAUGAAAAAUGCUGUAUUGUGGUAGUCUGUCUCUCACAGUGACCUGGUUUGCCUACCUGGGGAGUACUGUAAAGAUAAAGCAGUAAUAUAGUGAUACUUUUUUUUAGUGUUCUCUUAGCCCAGUGUCCUGCCUCAAAAAAGAUGUACAAACUUUCUUUGAGGCUGGAGAAAACAUUUUUAAACUUUUGGUUAUAGUAUUUAUCCUGCAAAGGGAUUUAAAUAUAUUUUUACAAGGACACAUCCUGAUGAUGAAAACAUCAAGUAAGGAUUAGCAUAUCUGUGUUUGUAGUCAGUUUUCUUAAUAAUUAUUGUCUUUAUAAGUAAAUAGCAUCUUCUCUUGGAAUAUUUUUUCCUAAUAUCAAUAUCGUGACAUUGUUUCUUACCAUGCUUUUUUUUCAGCAAGGGUGAAAAGUCUUGUUCUUUCUUUACAAUGAGGCUUUUUUGACAUGUAUUUGUAUGCCCAGUCCACAAGUCCUAUGUAAUCCACUAACCCAUAUAAAUAAUUUCUCAUAAGCUUCAUACUGUAAAACUUGUCAUUUAACCUUUUAUUGUGCUCCUGCAUGAAAAUCCCCAAUAUUCCACAUCCAUAUGCAUUCAGUUCUAGUGUCUAUACUUCAAGUAUUCUUCAGAAUUACAGAGUAAGUGUUAGGAGUCACUUAUGGUACUCCUCACAGAGCGUUCUAACAAUGCUAUUCAGGCUGCAUAUACUCAUAUAGCCAAAUAUGCUGCUAGUCUUUGUUGCCCAAACGCUGCUGUAACACUUCCAUAGGAGAUGGUAUGGAAAGUUCUUACCACUGCUUUUCAAUGUACAAGGUCCUAGAAAGUAAGAAUUAUUUUUUAAUUCAAAAAUUUAUCGCGUUUCCUUUAGCAGUAUUAUAAUGCAAUUUUGUACCAAUCAUAUUUAUAGUUUGCAGUACUUAAAGAGCUCAGUCUGUUUAGUUUUAUCAGAAGAAGAUCAAAGGUGUCAGGCCUGUGUGGUAGAAAACCCUUUAUGGCAUUGGAAAUUCUAAGUAAUAAUAAAGCAUCUUUUGUCUUGCAGAUGGGCAUAUAAAUGAAUUUGGACCUAAAGCCUAGGCUGCCUAGAUUGGUGCAUGUGAAAUUUCCUUGCUGGAGGCAUUUCUAAGAGGGGCAUGAUCUGAGACUGGUCUGGUCUGACCAGAGUCCUUGGGCACUGCUGAAGUCCUUGAAUUUUCCCUCAGGUUUUGACAACACAGAUAGUGAUCCAAAGUUACCAUCAGUUGCAUUUCAGUUUCCUCUUGCUGUCAAAGAGGGCUCUCCUAGAGAUAGCUCCCAAGAAGGUCUACUCAAAAGUCUGUGAAGAGCUGCCUUGUGCAUGUCCCAAAUAUUUUAUGAGAUCAUAAGAUUUAGCUGUUUGAUAGGGGUUGGACUCUCAGUUCUUGGGACUCUGUUUUAAGGGUAACAUGUAAAUAAGAAAGAUUCCUGCUUGUAUUCCUCUGUUUUAAAUAAGACGUGUAUUCUCUGAAUGAGGCUCUUGCAAAAUCUCUGUUCUGAUUAUAGAAACUGGAAAUAAAUCAAUAUAUGAAAGAAGUGUUUUAUCUGAUAUAAAGCAAACUGAGUUGAGAGUGGGGGAAGAGAGGUUUCGCUGACAUCUGACUAGAUUUACAGUAUUGGGCUCUCCAUUAAUCUGCAUGCUUCCUUGACCGUUUCCGUAAGUAUAAAGUAUAAACUGUAAUCUGAAGGUCUGUAGGGAGUUACUAUGCUUUUCUUGCUUUGAAUUGCAAACCUGAGUGAAGGAUUUGGGGUAAUUUAUCAUGUCCGUUCUUUGGAGUUUUUUGUAAUGAUUUUGUUUCCCUGUUUGUCAAGACAUUGUCUCUAGACAAGUGAGAUGCUCCCUGUUUGGAAUUUGAAACAAUUCCAGAGUUUCUUAAAUCGCCUUUCCUUUAUAAGCCUCUGCUUCAGAUCUGCCCAGUUCCAAAUGGGAUGUCUUUUAAAUGAGCAGGUCAGUUUCAAUUGAUAGUUUAAUGGAUAUCAAUUCAUUUUGCCAACACUAACAUCCUUUUAAGAUAGAUUGGCAUAAUUCUUCUUUGCCAUGAUAACGUGACUUCAAAGAUCAAAUGAACUGAGGACUUCUAAUUUUCUUUUGCCUAUGCUUGUGUCCCAGUAUUAAUAGCUAUGCAUAUUUGUGGUAGGAGCAGCACAGGAAUCCCUUUAUCUUAAGUGUUCCAAUGAAUAAACUGUAAAAAUUAGAUCGCAAGUGGACUAAAUGUUUUUUAAACAAAAAGAUCAAGAUCCUUUGGAAAUGUCUUCAAGUUUUUAACACCAUAAUGGGAGUAGAGGGUUGUCCAGUUUUUAGAAGUGGUUAUUUUCCUCUCUCAUCUACAAGCUGCACCUGUGAGAAUUGUGAAAUGUUCCCUGUGAAAUAUGCUGAUUUUUGUUAGGUAUAAGUAGUUGGAACAAGGAGCAAUAGAUUGUCUUAUGGGAAGGGCUCAGAUUUGGCAAACCACUGGUAAUGUAAAAAUUUCAAAUGUCUAAAAAUUAGCUGUUUCAGUCUUACACCUACUUGCAAUUUUGUAAUUUUAAAAUUUUGAGUAAUGAAGCAUUUAAUCUGAUAAUUGGAUAAAUUUCUAUUUAAAAAGUAAAAGCUGGA